GACUUAGCCGCCACUACCCAAAUCGUAUCGACGCGUACAUAAACGGCACUGUGCAGAUACGUAGUAAGGACUGUGAAACCGGAGGAAAUAAAAGGAAAGGAGAAAGAGGAUCAAUUGCUGCCUGGCGACUGGACCUGCGUUUUGAUCCGUCGCCGUUGUAAGGCACACCGGCCGGCAGUUCCUGACGCCUUUGUUGGAUCGAGAAACUCCGAUUCGAUUUGAAGAGUUUCGUUGAUCCUUUGAGGAAACCCUCUCCCUCGUUCAGCGGCUUCUCCGUUUUCUUAGAACUUGAUAAUGGAACUAAAGGGGAAGCCUGUCGAUCAAGGGUACCGCAUGCCUGCGGAAUGGGAGCCACACUCCCAGUGCUGGAUUGGAUGGCCGGAAAGGCCCGACAACUGGCGAAACAAUGCGGUACAUGCUCAAGAUGCAUAUGUUAAUGUUGCCACUGCAAUUUCUAGGUUUGAACCUGUUACUGUAUGUGCCAGCAGUGCACAGUGGAAUAAGGCACGGAGCAUGUUGCCAGAGCAUAUUCGGGUGGUGGAGAUGAGCAUGAACGAUUCAUGGUUCCGUGACACUGGUCCGACUUUUGUUAUCGGAAAUUGUGAGGAGAAACAAAAUAACAAGAUUGCUGGGAUUGAUUGGAACUUCAAUGGCUAUGGGGGCUUGGAUGGGGGCUGUUAUAUUGAUUGGGGCCAAGAUUUGCUCAUUGCAAGAAAGGUUCUGGAAAUCGAGAAAACCCCGAGGUUUCCCCAUUCUAUGAUUCUUGAAGGUGGAAGCAUUCAUGUAGACGGAGAUGGGACUUGCCUUACAACAGAAGAGUGCCUCCUGAAUAAAAACCGGAACCCCGAUUUAACCAAAGAACAAAUUGAAAAUGAGCUCAAAUCAUUUCUCGGAGUCAAGAAAGUCAUCUGGCUCCCUCGUGGAUUGCAUGGCGAUGAUGACACCAAUGGACAUAUUGAUAACAUGUGCUGUUUCGCAAGGCCCGGCGUAGUGUUGUUGUCGUGGACAGACGAUGAAUCAGACCCACAAUACGAGCGUUGUAUGGAGGCCAUUUCAGUUCUUACCAACACUACGGAUGCUAAAGGUAGAAAAUUUGAGAUCUUCAAGCUUCAUGUCCCGGGGCCACUUUACAUGACAGUCGAAGAGGCCGAGGGAGUCUCACAGGAUGGCGAUGCAAAACUAAGGAUCCCGGGAACUCGGCUGGCAGCUUCAUAUGUCAACUUCUACAUUGCCAAUGGAGCAAUUAUUGCUCCCCAAUUUGGUGAUAAGAAAUGGGACACUGAAGCUCUCCAUGUCCUGUCGUCAGCAUUUCCGGGAUAUGAGGUGGUGGGAGUUGAAGGAUGUCGUGAGAUAGUGCUUGGUGGGGGAAAUAUACACUGCAUCACCCAACAGCAACCUGCUGCUGCCUCUGCCCUUCCUAAUUAAAGUUAAUUAAUUAUUUAACCAAUGAAAAUCAUCAGAAGGAAUUAUGGUGUCAAUUUACAUUACGCACUUUUGCCAUUAUGCUUUAAAUAUUUAUUGUUUAUGAUUGAACCCAAGUCUGGUGUUGUGUCGUUGACAUCUCUUAUCAAAUCGUUUUCUUGGUUCCAAA